UGCUUGGCGGACGCCCGUGUGCUGCGCUCAAGACCGCACAGCUUGGCUGUGUUCUAUAUCCGGUGUACCUACCUUUACACCAAGACCAUACGUACGCGUCAUAUCGCACAUAGCACCCUUCCCUCCAGGCAGCUUGUUGUUGAAUUGAUUCUCUCGCCGAGAGACAUCGCCGCUCGUCACCUCGAUCCUCUUCGCUCCCCUCACAUACCAUCUCCUGUCGCAGCACUGCCAAUCAUCGCCCCGUGUGCUGUCUGCACCCGAAACCCCCGCGACCAAACAAACAAUCUAGCAUACGACAUGGCCAGUCUCAAUACUUCGAGCAAUGGUCCCAGCAUAACAAGGAGCUACCAGAAUGUCAUCAACUCCCCGCCACCUUCCGCGGCCCAGGCAAAUUCGCCAACCUACGGUCAAUGGGCCGUGUUCACUGUUGCUGCCCCGCUAGUCAGCGCCUUCCAGCAGGAUGGCGGUAAAGAGAGCGUUCUGAAGGUGCAGAGCACUGGAGAGGGUGAACUCGUAGACCUUCUCGACGAAUUCUCCGAUGGUCGCAUACAAUUUGGUUUUGUCAAAGUCAAAGAUCCCAACACAUCCUUGCCUAAGUGUGUCUUGAUUGCAUGGUGUGGUGAAGGCGUGCCAGAGCGCACAAAGGGCUAUUUUGGUAGUCACCUAGGUGUUGUGUCCAAGCUACUCCAUGGAUAUCAUGUGCAGGUCACAGCUCGGUCCGAAGCAGAUCUAACGCCGGAGCGUGUUAUUCAAAAGGUUUCCGAUGCCUCAGGUGCGAAAUACUCUGGUGGCCCAAACAUUCCUUCCGCCGGACCUCCUCCUGUUGCAGCGAAAAAGCCAGUGUUCACUCCCACGCAAAUCGGGGGUGGAAGUAGUGGCUUCAACCCACUCGGUCGAUCAAGAGCCCCUGCCUCACAAGGGGAUACAGAUGCUGACGGGUGGGGCUCGGACGCGCCUCAGCUCUCAAGAACACAGCUCGAAAAAGUGGAAUCCGCGUAUAAGCCUACCAAGGUCAACAUAGCAGAGCUGACCUCGAGGAGAGACGAAUCUACGAGCGGCCAAGGCCCACGAAAUGACAGACCGGAAGUUGUCAGGGGCGCAUACCAACCGGUAGGAAAAGUCGAUAUUGCCGCUAUUCGCGCUCAGGCGAAAUCUAAUAGCCAAGAUGAUCGACCAACAGUUGUCAAGGGCGCAUAUGAGCCCGUUGGCAAAGUAGACAUCGCGGCAAUCCGGGCGAAAGCGCAAGGUGCUCCUCCCUCUUCUGGUCUGUCACCCGCCGCGACUGGUGCUUCUGGACAGGGCAACGAUGACGAAGAUGAGGCACCCAAAUCGUUGGCAGACCGCUCGGCUGCUUUCAACCAACCUGAACGCCUCACCAGCCUGCCCAAACCCAAAGUUGCGAACAAAUUCGGGGGCGCAAGCGCAUUCACGGGAACGAAAGCGCCUACUCCGGGCGGGUUUGGUGCGAAGCCGGUUACUCCAGCCGCCCAAAUUGGAAGCGCAAGCAAGACAUUUGCGGAUCAGGGAGGCAAGACACCAGCACAGUUGUGGGCUGAAAAGAAAGCUGCGCAGGGUCACACUGUAACGUCGCCUGGCAUUACCACUCCAUCUGUGCAGACACAAAAGAGCGGGGAGGGAGGGUGGAAGAGUGGUUACACAGGCAAAUCUUGGGCCGCUGUUCAAACCACUCGAACCGGACAAUCCGCAGCCAGCAACCUCAGUGAACAGCGUACUGGUGGAGAACCGCAAGAGGAAGAACCUUCACCUGCGGGGGGCGUGGGUGCUCUCAAAGAUCGUUUCAAGGGUGCCGCUCCCAUGGGUGCGCCAGGAUCCCGCGCAGUUCCUGAACCCGCUGCACCAAGCCCGCCUCCUAUGGAUAUGUCAAGCAAGCCUAAUGCCGGAUCUCGAGGCGUUCCUAUGCCUGGUCUGCCGAGCCGUCCAUCUCAGCCGGAAGAUGACGAUGUGCCUGAUGUUCAGCAUCAACGCCUUCCAACCCCGCCUCCUCAACCACGAAGGAGUCCCUCGCCCGAGCCCUCUGGAUCUCCUGUACGCAUAGCUAUGCCUGUGGCUCGGGGUCCUGAGCCCGAGGCUAUGUCGCCACCCGAAGAAAAGGCCCCCCCUAUGCCAACUCGUUCCCUUGACCAGGCUGCCAAACAAGCGCGCGAUGUCUCGCCAGAGCCACGCGUGGAAGCGAAAGAUCCCGCUCGCGGGGCUGGCGCUGCUGUUGCUGCGGGUACCUUCGGCGCUGCCGCAGUUGUCGGUGUGGGUGCUGCUGCUGCUCUUUCAUCUGACAACCCAGGCGGUAGUGAGGGCCAGCGUGCUCUUGUUCAGUACGAUUAUGAGAAAGCUGAAGAUAAUGAAAUCGAGCUCCGGGAAGGUGAAUAUGUUACUAACAUCGACAUGGUUGAUGAAGAUUGGUGGAUGGGUACGAACGCCCAGGGUGAGCAGGGUCUGUUCCCAUCCAAUUACGUGGAAUUAGUAGAAGGCGAAGAAGACGCCAGUGCCGGAGCUCCCCCUCCAUUGCCUUCUCAUCCUACUACUGCUGCGGAAGAGCCCUCAGCACCAGAGCCUACUGGCAGUGCUGGUGCGACGGCCACCGCGCUCUACGAUUAUGAUGCGGCGGAGGACAAUGAACUCAGCUUUCCAGAGGGUGCUACAAUCGCUUCGGUGGAGUUCCCCGAUGACGAUUGGUGGUUUGGUACGUACAACGGCUCGUCAGGCCUCUUCCCUGCGAAUUACGUGGAGUUGGAUGCCUAA